CGCCUGUUCCGUGGGUUUUAAAAAGCGUGUAAGAAGGACCUCUUCAGAUGCACUCGCUGCCCAUCGUGCCAGCAAUGUGGAAGCUGCUGUGCCUGACGAUCCUGGUGUGCGCGGUGUCCGGGGGACCCCAGGUCCGCAGACAGGCUGGUUAUUUUCCUAUCCAGGGACCCAGUCUUCAGGUGCUACGCCAAGCCAGUCUUCCCAUCCUCCAAGACGCCAUCAAAGUCGCCGGAGAAAGUCUCGUCUCUGCCGCCGAACAGGUGAAUACAACAAAGCCAGACUGCAUCACCAUCAUAGAGAGCCAGAUCGGAGGUGCAUGCAAGGCAUGUGUGGAGUCACGAUGUAAGAGUAAAGCAGACAGCUGUGCUCCGAACCUGUGGGAAGCCAUCGCCCAGAAGGUAGAGGAGUUUUUCACAGAUAAGAUUCCAGAGUUGUUCAACUCAGCUGUGGAUGCUGUCCUUGAUGCUCCCGAUGCCAUCAUUGAUGCCCUUCACCUGAACGAAUUGGAUGACUUCAUACUUGACAUUGGGACUGAGCUUCUGAACACUGUCUUGGAUGUUGGCAAUGUGUUUGCGAACAUUGGUGAUGAGGCGCUAGAUACACUUGGCAACCUUGGGACCAGCAUUUGGGAUGGCAUAGAGGAUGUAGGUGGCUUCCUGGGAGAUACAGUCCUGGAUGUAGGUAACUUCCUGGUGGAUGGCAUUGGAGACAUUGGAAACAUUGCUGUCGACCUGGGAGACUCCAUAGUGGGAGCCAUUGGGGACCUUGGAGAUCUCUUUGGUGGCCUGUUGGGCAAGAAGAAGAGGGAUGUUGUUUUGGCAUAUUACGUGAAGCGCCAAGUGAGACGCCGACGUGAGGCCCAAAGUCAAGUGCGUAGUGAGCCAUCUUGUUCUCAGCUGCAGAAUGAAGGAGGCAGUGCCUGUAUGGGCUUCAUGUCAUCCUGUGGUAGCAUCUGUGACUCCACAUGGCUGCAGCAGCAAUACUGUACCACAUUCAACACGGCUCUAAAUGUGUACCAAGCAGCUCUUCAGGACCACUACUGGGUCACCACGAUCCCUGCUCAGAAUCAGGACUUUGUCAUAGACCAGCUGAUGGUGGAUGGAACCUCCAUGGACUUCACCACUGGAGCUUACAGCCGUGUUGACGUGACAGUUACAAUGUUCGGGGAGACCUACACCUUCCCCUUGGACAACAGCCUCAGCCCGUUUAACCUGGCCCCUGCUGGACCAGAGAUAGCCCAGAAAGCACUUGACCACUACAAGGCUAACCACCCUCCUCCUUCCACUAAGGUGUACGCAUAUUCACACAGUUAGUCGAGGUGCAGGAUCUUGUGCUCCUGCAAAUAAAGCUUCACCUUCAAGGGUUCUGUCAUACAUUCAA